AUGGCCACCUCAACUACACCCGCCGACGCCGUCGUCGCCGAGAGCAGGCCGCCGUUCCCGCCUUUCACGCUCGAGACCGCCAAAAUCAAAGUCAAGGCCGCCCAGGACGCCUGGAACACCAAGUACUGCCAGCCCUCGUUCUCCUUAACCAAGCUCGAAGCUAACCAUGUGCCAUCCAGACAGCCCGAUGUGGUCAAGAUGGCCUACACGCCCGACACCGUCUGGCGCAACCGCGACCAGUUCCUGCAGGGCCGCGACGCCGUGCGCGACUUCCUCGCCGCCAAGUGGUCGCGCGAGAGCGGCUACCGCCUGCGCAAGGAGCUCUUCGCCUUCACCGACGACCGCAUCGCCGUGCAGUUCUGGUACGAGUGGUACGACGAGGAGGGCCGCUGGUGGCGCACCUACGGCCUCGAGGACUGGACCUUUGCGGCCGACGGGCUAAUGCGGAAGCGCCAGAUGAGCGGCAACGACGUGGAGAUUAGUGAGGAGGAGCGCUGGUUCAAGGACGGCGUGGACGUGAAUGCCGUGGAGAUUUCGGAGCGGCACUGCAACCCCACCAUUCGUUAUCAGCUGUGCGACCCCCCAAAAAAGUUUCUUAUCAGCGACGACACUUUUGCCAAACACCAACAGCCACCGCUUUCCAUCUCUCCAUCUGCCGCCACAUUUUCAACAACCAACCAACCAACCAUCAUGGCUCCCCUCCCCCCCGGGCUCCGCAAGCCCUCCGCGCGCACCUUUCGCCAGCAGCGCGUCUCCGGCGCCGUCCACCCCCUCGCACCCCCCAAGACCUUCCGCGCCGACGCCGUCCCCGUCUCCGACGACUUCUCCUCCACCAAGCGCGACAAGCGCCUCAUGAAGCACUCCACCUUCCUCUCCCGCGUCGCCGCCUCCUCCUCCGGCGUCAGCAAGAAGAAGCGCACCGGCCGCGGCCGCAGCAAGAAGCUCGCCACGACGCUGGAGAGCUUGGCGGAUGCGCUGCCGGAGUUGGAAGAGGGAGGGUCGGGGCAGCUGGGAAAGGUGAGGCAUAGCAGUAUCAAGAGCAAAAAGGGCGCGUUGAAGAGGAAGGAGAGGGUGGUGAAGGGUGAGAUGGAGCGGUUUGGGGCGAGCAUGGCGCAGCUGGCGAGCACGCAGCAGCAGGUAAAUGCGGCGACGGCGACGACAGGGGGGGACCAGAAGACAGGAGGGGGAGAUGCGCCGCAGACGUCGAAUCGGUGGGCGGCGCUGAGGGGCUACAUCUCGUCGACCAUGGAGCAGAACCCCGCGUUUGUCGGGCGGUCCUAG